AUGCGCGCGAGUCACCGUCAUUGUCGGUGCCCUCGCCGCGGCCCUUGUUCUUCACCAGAGCUCUUUAGGCUUUCGUCCAUCUUUUGACCAACUUUUUCCACCCUUUUUACCCCAGACUCGGGGCAUCACAUCACAUCGUCUCCAAGCUAUGCGGACCCUGAUGCGUUACAUCGGCCUAUGAUAGCUCUACCCCAACUCGCCAACUUUUCUUUUCCUUUUGCCCUCGCCUUUACAUACCAUUUCUCGUAUCCCGUAUUAGGUAGGUGUUGUAACUCCAUCUCCAUUCAUCCAUCUCACGCCCAUUUCACCCCUCCCGCCGACCCCAAUACCGCCAAUGCGCCGGCGCCGGCUCAGCAGGAACCUGCUCCAUCCCCUGCGCUGCCUCCGCAUCACCACCUCCUCCUCCUCCUAUUCCCUCUCCUCUAUAAGUAUACCCCGGAUACUCGAACCCGGGAUACUGUGCCGGCGGCAGACCGAUGUAGUGGUUAUUUUUCCUGGACCGUUUCCUCUCCGCCCUGCGCCGCAGUCUGGGGACGAGGAUGAAGACGGUUGCGGCGACGAGGAUGAGGACGGCGGCGGCGCUGGCGGUGGCGAUGCCGGCUAGGAGGCCGGUGGGGUGGCUCAUUGGGAGAGUAGGUAGGUAUUUUAGAAGGGAGAAAAAGGGCGAAAAAAAGAAGAAAGCGUGUCGGCAAUCUAGAGUUGCUGGAGCUCUCGUUGCUUGAUGCACUUGUAGAGAUAGGAGGGCGGGCUGGUUUGGUUUGGUGU